AUGCCACUUGAGAUGCUCCUUUGUGAUCCCGGAAGUACUCCUUCGUACUCUGCAUGUAUCCAAACCACACAUACUAUUUUCGCCAUGGCCAAGUCUAAGCAGGACAAGGAGAAGCAGCAGCAGGUCCAGGAGAUCGAGGCACAGCUGCGCGCAUCCGCCAAUUCCGCCUCCACCUUGAUCAGCUCCUGGCUCGGCGACUCCGACUCGGACUCCGAUUCCACCGCCACACCCAAGGCCCGCGAAAUCUUCCACGGCCGCCCAGCGCGCCUCGGUGUCGGCGCCAAAUUCCUCUCGCACAAGGAAAUGUUGGCCGCCCAGUCCGCUACCGGCAUUCUGUCUGCCGAGGAACUCAAGCUCAAGCGCAAACUAACCAAAGGCCUGGUUAGUGAAAAACCAAAUGAGCCCAAAAAGGUUGUGGAGGAGGAGGAGGAGGAGGAAAGUCGGUCAAGUAUUGUAGCGAAGCCGAGUGAUAGUACGCCAAAGCAGGUGCCCAAGAAGAAGCAGAAGCGCAGUGCGGCAUUUUUGGAUACACUGGUGAAGCGUAGGAAACGGUAG